UAUGAGAGAGGGGAUACGGCAUGAUGGUUCGGCUCUUCGGGUCAGUGAGACCCUUAGGGCUAGAGACGUUUUUGAGGGCCUUUAGUUGAUGGUCACGAUUAGUGAUGACAUACUUGUUUCCAGAGGUCUAUUUAAGAUAAAAGAUCUGCCACUUACUUUACAUGACACUCAGAUCAACUUUACGACAUCCAGUUUAGGCUUUCAGAGAGUGAAGCUGAGCCCCAAGGAUGACAACGCAAUACUCAGGAUAUGGCAGUUCGCUGCCUGAUGAGUUCGAUAUCAUCGUGGCAGGAGGCGGAAGUUGUGGAUGUGUGGUGGCGGGCAGGCUGGCCAAUUUAGACCACAAACUCAAAGUUCUCUUGAUUGAAGCUGGUGAAAGCAAUCUCAAUAAUCCCUGGGUUUUCCGCCCAGGCAUCUAUCCGCGAAAUAUGAAACUGGAUUCAAAGACAGCCUCCUUCUAUGAAUCUCGUCCGUCUAAAUGGCUUGCUGGUCGCAAAGCCGUUGUACCUUGCGCACAUGUUCUUGGAGGUGGUUCAUCAAUUAACUUCAUGAUGUACACCCGUGCCUCGGCCUCUGAUUACGAUGAUUUUCAGGCCAAAGGCUGGACAACCCAGGAACUAUUGCCUCUCAUGAGGAAACAUGAGACGUAUCAAAGAGCAAGUCAAAACAGAGACAUUCAUGGUUUUGAAGGCCCAAUCAAGGUAUCUUUCGGAAACUACACGUAUCCGAUUAAAGACGACUUCCUUCGAGCUGCAGAGUCGCAAGGUAUCCCUGUUGUUGACGAUCUCCAAGAUCUAGUCACUGGUCAUGGCGCCGAGCAUUGGCUCAAGUGGAUCAACCGAGAUACAGGACGGCGAAGCGAUAGUGCGCAUGCAUACAUCCACGCCACUCGAGCAGCCCAUUCCAACUUAUACCUAGCCUGCAAUACAAAGGUUGAUAAAGUAAUCAUUGAAAACGGACGAGCUGUCGGCGUGCAGACUGUCCCAACCAAGUUUCUUGGACAGGGCCAGCCACAAAUACGUAUAUUCCGCGCUCGCAAGCAAAUCGUCGUAUCCGGCGGAACACUAUCUUCCCCACUCAUUCUACAGAGAUCGGGUAUCGGCGAUCCCGUCAAACUAAAGAAUGCAGGCGUCAACUGUUUAAUUAACCUUCCCGGCGUGGGGUUAAAUUUCCAAGAUCAUUACUUGACCUUUUCAGUCUUUAGAGCUAAACCCGAUGUCGAAACCUUUGACGACUUCAUUCGGGGGGACCCUGAAGUUCAAAAACGUGUUUUUGAUGAGUGGCAUUUGAAAGGAACAGGCCCUCUCGCAACCAACGGCAUCGAUGCGGGCGUAAAGAUUCGCCCUACGGAGCAAGAAUUGAAAGAGUUCGAAAGCUGGCCAACUCCCCAUUUUAAAGAUGGCUGGGCAAGUUACUUUAAAGACAAGCCGGAUAAACCAGUGAUGCACUACAGCGUCAUAUCGGGCUGGUUUGGCGAUCAUAUGUUGAUGCCCAACGGAAAAUUCUUUACCAUGUUUCAUUUCCUAGAAUACCCAUUCUCUAGGGGUAGUACGCACAUCAAGAGUGCUGACCCGUAUGAAGCUCCAGAUUUUGAUUGUGGCUUCAUGAAUGACGAGCGCGACAUGGUACCCAUGGUAUGGGGAUACAUUAAAUCCAGGGAGACAGCAAGAAGAAUGGAUUCUUAUGCAGGGGAGGUGGAAAAUAUGCACCCAUUCUUUGACUACGAUUCACCAGCAAGGGCUCAUGACAUGGACCUGGCCACAACCAAGGCUUAUGCACUUCCUGGUAAUCUGUCUGCAGGCAUUGGCCACGGAAGCUGGUCCUCUCCUCUUCCCGCGGCCGACAACAUAGCUGCUGCCAACAUCCUGAGUUCAAACAAGGUCAAUACUCGCCAAGAGCUUAAAUAUAGCUCCAAAGACAUAAAAGCUAUUGAAGAAUGGGUUAAACGCCAUGUGGAGAGUACUUGGCAUAGCUUAGGUACUUGCUCAAUGGCUCCAAAGGAGGGCAACAACAUCGUGAAGCACGGUGUGCUUGAUGAGCGGCUGAAUGUGCAUGGUGUUAAAGGCCUCAAGGUUGCCGAUCUUAGUAUUUGUCCCGACAAUGUGGGGUGUAAUACAUAUUCAACGGCUCUGUUGAUUGGAGAAAAGGCCGCUAUGCUAGUAGCAGAGGAUUUGGGUUACUCUGGUGAGGCAUUGGAGAUGAAGGUACCUACUUAUAAUGCCCCCGGGGAGCUGGCGUUGCAAUAUCGCCUAUGAAUGAGGGUGCUAUUCCCACGCCAUAUUUCCAGUAUAACCGCUAAAUUUAGCCGCGAGCUGGAGUUAAAACGUCAGAUUGCUUACAGUCUAUCGUGUAUUUACCCUGUGUGUAUUUCCUGAUCCUCCUUUUUGCGUUUUACGCACAUUGCGUCUAAAUUGUCUAUACGCAAUAGUAUAUUUUUUUUCUAAGUUCAUUGCGGUAGUGUCUGGAAACAAGGCUCCUUUUCAUCCCGUGUGCGCUUGAGAGUGGCGGUAGUGGUGGCUAGUGGGCUUUCUCUGCGCAAAAUAAUCGUUAAAUAAUCGCAGCAGUAUUCAUCGAGGAGAGAAAACUGCGUUACUUUUAAAUGACCAGUAAAAGUACAAAUAUUCACGAUUAGUAAUCCUGAUGAGGACUCUCGC